AUGGAAGAUCUGUACAGCAACAACACGUUACAGAACAACAGCUCUUAUGAUUCUGAGGUAUUAAAGCUCUCAACUGAGCUAUAUAUUGUGUGUUGGAUCGUCAUCAUCAUCUGUCUUCCUUUGAUCAUACUGGCCAUCUACUAUCUGUAUUCUCUGGUGCAACAUAAUCAUGUUGCUCCGAUCUACGUCAUCAACCUCCUCAUCUCUGACCUUCUUCAGCUGUGUUGCAUGGCGAUGUGGUUGGGAAAACCCAACAAUGUUGUGGUCAGAAUCACCCUCUUCAUUCACGGCAUUAGUCUUAUGGCCAGUGUCGGCUUCAUGGUCUGUACUUCCCUGGAAAGGUAUUUGCUCAUCGCCUGGCCUCUGUGGUACCGCUUCAGACGACCCAUGAAGGUCUCAGUGGUGGUCUGUGUCGUGGUCUGGGUCUUAGCUUUGGUCAUUAUCUGUUUUGCCAUUUUCUGUGCUGGUGAGACCAUGCUCAUUGAAAUCAUCCUUCUCCUCCCCUUCCCCGUGCUCAUCUUCUCUGUGGUUGGUGUCUUUAAAAGCCUGUCUGCUGCCAUCUCUGUGUCCUCUGAGGAAAAACGACGAAUUGUUGGAGCUACGAUUCUGGUGUUACUUAAUUACACACUGAUGUUCCUGCCUUACAUAAUUUGUGGCAUAACAAAAAAUUAUACUUCGACUAUCCCUGCAGUACUCAUCUGCUUCAGUCCUCUUGGAGACGUAUUUCUAUAUGUUUUCAUGAGAAAAUGGGCCAUAGACAAGAUUUUAGCCUCUCUGUGUUGUUCUAGGAUGGACACGCAGAACAGGAAUAGCAGCAGAUCGUCACUGUAA